AUGAUGCUUCAUUUCCUGCUCUUUCUGCAUCUUCUCAUCCCUGCUGACAUGGAGGAGGAUAAAAUACCACUGGAGGUCAUCACUGACAGCUCCCCCUGUAGUGCAACCUGUGGGCUGGGGAUUAAAACACAGACUCUGUGUUUGUUAAAAGACAGCAAGACAGCAAUGGAAGAGAAUGACAUCAGUCAGUCAGAUGUGUCACAGAAGUGCAGGGUCCAAAAAGAAAAAUGUGUGGACUCAUGGCAGUGCGGACUGAGGACGAUCACUGUCACCUCUGGACAGAGAGUAGAGAUUGACUGUUUGGGAGAAGUCAUGGAGGCAAUGGGAAAGUUCUCCUGGAGGGUUUCAUGGCGCUACGCCCGAGGAAUAAUCAGCUCAGAUGAUUCUCUGUUUCAUCGUUGGGAGGCCCCUUACUUAGAUCGAGUGGUUCUGGACGCGGUCAGAGAAGAGGAUGCAGGGACAUAUCGCUGCGACGUGCAGGACACCAGCUAUCGCAGAGUGAAGAGAGCCUAUUGGGGUGUCCGAGUUUUACCUGCUGGGGUUGUCAAUCUGGACUACCACAGCUCUCUGAACCAGUGGGAUAGAAAUGAAAACCAGCAAAACCAGGGUGUGCUACACCUUGCCACUAGGAGAGUUCUUCUUUACGCACAUGAUGAAGAUGCAACAAACAAGCGGUCCAGCAUCGAUUGGCUGAAGCUUCGGCAAGGCACAUCAGCGGGUGUUCCAGGAAAGGAUGAUUAA